CUCAAUUAUCUUCAAGUGCGUGGCCUUACUUGUAUUAUAGUGCCCCUUUGUGGGCAAAUAAUGUAUUUUCAUUAAUUGGAUUUUUGUUUAAGGAGAAUUUCUGUGAUAUUCGAAUUUUGGACGUGAAGCUGCUGCUUUACAAAGAAGUGGGCCGUGUCGUUAUUGUGGGUGGGGGAUCCAGUUGGACGUGCGCUCACAAAGCACCACAGCGCCACUUUUUGGAUGCGCACGAACCGACCCGCACCACGCCCACCCCCGCAUUCUCGCAGCCCAGGUGGGAGCGCGCACUUCGGCCUCGGGAUGCAGCGGCUCACCCUCGGCGCACCGCCAGUGGAGCUCGCAGCUGGAGCACCGACGGGCAAGCCUUGAACGCAACACUUACCUGGACGUCUAUUCUUUUUUUUUUUAACAUAACAAGGAGAGAAGAUUAAGUUGCGUUCAAUGCGCAACCAUGCUCAUCAUCUCGUCUCGCAGCGCGCUGCUGUCCGUCUACUACCCGCAGAUUUUCCUCAUCCUCACCAGCGGUAGCUACCUGACGCUGUCAUCCGUGGUAGCACUAGGGGCCAACAUCAUCUGCAACAAGAUACCUGGUCUAGCGCCACGUCAGCGAGCCCUCUGUCAGAGCCGCCCGGACGCCAUCAUAGUCAUCGGGGAAGGCGCCCAGUUGGGCAUCAACGAGUGCCAGUACCAGUUCCGCUACGGACGCUGGAACUGUUCAGCCCUGGGCGAGAGGACAGUCUUCGGACAAGAGCUGAGAGUAGGUAGCCGCGAGGCGGCCUUCACGUACGCCAUCACAGCUGCCGGUGUGGCCCACGCGGUGACCACGGCAUGCAGCCAGGGCAACCUGAGCCAGUGCGGAUGCGACCGCGAGAAGCACGGUUACCACGACCGCGAGGAAGGCUGGAAGUGGGGCGGCUGCUCAGCCGACGUCAAGUACGGCGUGGAGUUCUCGCGCCGCUUCGUGGAUGCGCGCGAGAUUAAGAAGAACGCCAGGCGUCUGAUGAACCUGCACAACAACGAGGCAGGGCGCAAGAUUCUCGAAGAGAGGAUGAAACUGGAGUGCAAGUGCCACGGCGUUUCCGGUUCCUGCACCACCAAGACCUGCUGGAUCACCCUCCCGAAGUUCCGAGAGAUCGGUUACCUGCUGAAAGAACGCUACGGCGCGGCGGUUCAAGUCGAGCCAGUCCACGCCUCCCGACUCCGCCAGCCUUCCUUUUUACGUCUCAAGGAAGGGCGGAGCUUCCAGAAACCCACCGACACCGAUCUGGUGUACCUGGAGCGCUCGCCUAACUACUGCGAGGAGGAUAGGGCUACGGGGAGCACGGGGACGCGGGGUAGACUCUGCAACGGGACGUCGGCGCACACGGACGGGUGCAACGUGAUGUGUUGCGGGAGGGGGUACAACACGCACCACUACACGAGGGUCUGGCAGUGCAACUGCAAGUUCCACUGGUGCUGCGUCGUCAACUGUAACACUUGCAGUGAAAAAUCUGAGGUUUUUACUUGUAAGUAAGGGGGGGUCAAAGUUCAAGGGAUUGAUUCCAAGUAUUUAUUCAAACAUUUUGCACAUUUUGACAUCCUUUAGGACAGGAGAUGUUAACUUCCCUUACAUGCUGGUGUGAAAUCCUACGAGAGAAAGGAUAUGCUCUUAAAAAAAAAAACAUUGAAAGCAUCCGUACGGAAAAGAAUUAACGCAUUCUUCGGACUAAAAGUCGCAUUUUUGGACAAAUACAGUGAGGAAAAUAAGUGAUUUUGCAAGUUCUCUCACUUACUUGUGAUUUGUGGGCAGGUUUGGAAUUUUCGUGGUCAUCCUUCCCUUAAUACAGUGCAGUCCCAUGUGCAGAAAACACCCCUAAUGCACCAGGCUUCACAGUAGGGAUGGUGUUCUUGGGAUGGUACUCAUUAUUCUUCUUCCUCCAAACACUACGAGUGGAAUUAAGACCAAAAAAAUGACCACAUGACUUUCCACCAUGACUCCUCUGGAUCAUCCAAAUGAUUGGUUGGUUUAGGCAGGGGAACCUUGCAUGCCAUGCAUGAUUUUAAACCAUGACGUCUAAGGGUAUUACCACCAGUAACCUUGGAAAUGGUGGUCCCAGCUCCUUUCAGGUCAUUGACCAGCUCCUCCUGUGUAGUUCUUGGCUGAUUCCUCACCAAUCUUAGGAUCAUUGAGACCCUACGAGGUAGAUCUUGCAUGGAGGCCCAGUCCGAGGGAGAUUGACAGUCUUGCUUAGCUGUGUGUUUUAGCCAGAUUGCUGGAAUCACGGCAGCCGAGCCGGCCAAAAGGCCAAACCCCGUUCUUUCACCUUAGUCUUAACCCUUUGUACUGACUCAAUUUUGAAAGCUGGAAAAAGGCUUCGAAACACAAGUUGACAAGCAAUCGUACAGCACAGAGUGACCAAGGCGAGGAUCCAAGGUCACCAUAUCACAAGUCAACAAAAGGUUCCUGAGAGAAAAAUGACAAUGAUUGGUUAAACAUUCAGUCUUUUGAAGGCUCUUGCAGGCAGGAAGAAAGGUGUGUUUGGCCAUUGAUUCGGAUUAUUGUCUGUUUGUGGAUUGGACAGGACGAUUCGGGAGUUACUGUUGUCAGGGCAAUGAGGGUUGUGGAUUUUGCCCCCUUAGCGUCAAAGUGGCUCUUGGAGUCUUGUCAGUCAUGUUAUCAGUUGGAUAUCUGUGUUCCGUGUGUUGAGAUGGGACGUCCCCCCAUUUGUUCUGGACUAUCCUGAAGAGUUGAUUGCGGGAUUUAGUGUUGCAGACGUAGGCUUGUAGAUGUCUUGCCCAUCACCUGGUUGUCAGUGUCAAUCUUGCUCAGUCAGCUGCAUGACACAUGCGUUAGGCUUCCCUAAUAAGGUGGAUCCUAAUAUUACUUCAAUCUUCUAAUACUGUUGAAGGAAUCUGACCUUUUAGCCAGACUGCUGGAAUCACGCCAGCCGAACCGCCGGACCCGCGCUGGCACAGAUCCAACGACCCAGGCCGGCGAGACCCGACAACCCCGCCAAAAGGCCAAACUCCGCGCAUUCCCCUUAGUCUUAACCCUUUUGUACUGACUCCAUUUUGAAAGCUGGAAAAAGGCCUCGAAACACAUGUUGACAAUUUAUUCUUAGUCAACAGCAAUCAUACAGCACAGAGGGACACAAGCGGGUAUCCAGGGUCACCAUAUCAGAAGUCAACAAAAGGUUCCAGAGAGAAAAAUGACAAUGCUGAGUUAAACAUUGUCUUUUGAAGGCUCUCGCAGGGCGGGCCGUGGGAAGGGAGAAGGGUGUGUUUGGGCGUUGUUUAUGAUUAUUGUCUGUUUGUGGAUUGAACAGGAGGACUUGGGACUGAUGUCAGGGCAACAAGGGUUGUUGAUUUUGCCACAUUAUCGUCAAAGGGGCUCGUCGAAUCUUGUUAUCAGUUGGAUAUCGGGUGUUCUCCAGUGUUCCUUGUGUUGGGACAGGUCGUCCCGCCAUUUGUUCUGGACUGUCUGGGAGAACUGAUUGUGAGAGUUGGUGGUGCAGACAUGAGCUUGUCAGCGUCAAUCUUGCUCAGUCAGUUGCGUGAUAAGAAAGCGUCAUGUAUCUGUUAUGCCCUAUAUUCUGCUUGUUUUCCUUAAACGAUGGUAUAAGUGCUAUUUAUUUUAUAUUGGGUGUGUUAGAGUAAUACAAACAGUCAAACAGUAAAUACGAGAAUCGAUACUAUUCCCUGAUUGAUAAUAUUAAGUGUGUUAGAAUACUGCAAACAUUUUGACUUCUCCAGUCUCCUUCAGGAGUUGUUGGCUGAUUCCUGACCAAUCUUGUGAUCACUGAUACCCUACGAAGUAGAUCUUGCAUGGAGCCCCAGUCCGAGGAAGAUACACAGUCAUGUUUAGCUUCUUCCAUUUUCUAAUAAUUGCUCCAAAGGCGGAUGUUAUAUCACCAAGCUGCUUGGCAAUUGUCCCGUAGCUCUUUCCAGCCUUGUAGAGGUCUACAAUUCGGUCUCUGGUGUCUUUGGACAGCUCUUUGGUCUUGAACAUGUUAGGAAUACGAGUCUUCCUGAUUGUAUGGGGUGGACAGGUUUUUACAUGCAGCUAACCGCCUCAAACAGGUCAAAAAGUCGGACUCAAAAAGUCCACCUCCGCUUCUUCGGUGGACUUUUUAAAGGCGACUCAUAGAUUUUUCAGGCUUAUAAUCCUAGCUAAUAGACAGGUUUUCAAACACUUUUUUGCAGCAGUAUAAUGCAAAUAAAUUGUUAAAAAAUUAUACACUGUCACUUCUGAUUUUUUUUUUAGAUCGUCUCUCACAGUGGACAAGCACCUCCCAUGAAAAUUUCAAACACGCCCAUCAUUUCUCAGUGGGAGAACUUGCAAAAUCACAGGAUGUUCAAAUACAUAUACAAUAAAAUGGAGAACAUUUACCUUAGCGAUGAAAAACUGUGCGACUUAUAGUCCAGAAAACACGCCACUAUGAUGGAACAGUAAGAGGAACAUUGGGAACGUUUUUAACUGGAAGAGCUGCAGUCGAAAUCGGGCCAUAGACUUCAUUAUUAGUUGACAGGACACGGGGCCGAUCUGGAGGGAGCUUAUUUAAAAAAAAUUUAAAUUCAAAUAUGUUCAAAACCAAAGCUGCUAGCGAGCUAAAACCAAAACAAGCACCUCCCUUAGGCAUAUAUGAGUCUCCAUGAUCAGCGGCAUCAAAAAGUUGUGCCCAAUAAAAUUUUGAAUUUUUUUUAUAUGACAAAACUUAAAAUGGCUAUAAAAUUCUCAGAUUUUACGCUAGAUGCACAAAAAUCACCAAAUGCAGAGAUAAUCAUGUCUAUUUUCAGGAUCAAUAGUUAAGCUUUUUCCGGAAAUAGCAACUUAAAGAGCGAUACAAAAUCCAACAUGGCAGCCAUCACACAACAAAGUUUUUAAAUUGAAAACUCUUGUAAAUAAAUGCGCAAACCCGGGAAUUUCUAUAGAUAUGAACGUAAAACAGUCUAGAUCCUUGGUUAAAAGCAAAAAAAAAAAAAAAAAAAAACAGGCAGUUAUCGUUCAAUUUACGUAAAUAUUUAAAGCUAGAGUAAUGCAAAUUUCUUCCAUUCAUCACAAAAAAAUUUUGAGCUGAAAACUGUUGAAAAUAAGUGCGUAAAUCGGGGGGUUUCUAUAGAUAUGAACGUAAAACAGUCUAGAUUCUUGGUUAAACACAAAAAACAGGCAGUUAUCGUUCAUUGUACGUCAAUAUUUCAAGCAAAAUUUACGCGAUUGUGUAAUCCAACAUGGCGGCCGUCACAAAACAAAGAGCUUUUUAGGUUGAAAAUUCUUGCAAAUAAAUGCGUAAAUCGCGUAAUUUCUAUGGAUACGAACGAAAAACAGUCUAACAUCUUGGUUAAAAGCAAAAAACGGGCAGUUGUUGUUCAUUUUAUGUCAAUAUUUCAAGCUACAGUUACGCUAUUGUGUAAUCCAACGUGGCGGCCAUCAAGAAACAGGGAUUUUUAAAUUGAAAACUCUUGUAGAUGAAUGUGUAAAUUUGGGAAUUUCUAUAGAUAUGAAUGUAAAACAAUCUCGAUUCUUGGUUAAAAGCAAUUAAAACGGGCAGUUAUCGUUCAUUUAACAUAAAUAUUUCAAGCAAAAGUUUUGCUGGAGUGCAGAGAUUCAAAAUCCAACAUGGCGGCCGCCACAAAACAAAGAGCUUACUAAGUUGAAAAUUUGUAUAAAUAAAUGCGUAAAUCCGGGAAUUUCUAUAGAUAUGAACUUAAAACAGUCUAGAUUCUUGGUUCAAAGCAAAACAUUGGUGGUUAUCGUUCAUUUUACGUAAAUAUUUCAAGCUAAAGUUACGCUACUGUCUAAUUCAACUAGGCGGCCGUUCAAAACAGAGCUUUUUAAAUUGAAAAUUCUGGUAAAUAAAUGCUUAAAUUGUGGAAUUUUUUUAGAUAUGAACUUAAAACAGUCUAGAUUCUUGGUUAAAAGCAAAAAACGGGCAGUUAUCGUUCAGUUUACGUAAAUAUUUCAAGCCAAAGUUACACAAAUUUUAUCCAUUGAUUCGUUUCACAACGUUUCGAAGUGCAUGCAUGCUGCUAUUUAAUAUAAUUACCUUGAAUCCUCGACAAAAUCACUCUUGAGACACUCCUGCCUGCGUGUAUGUAGUAAAACCUUCGUGCUGUUUCCACCUAAAUCCAGCGUUAGAAUGGACCGUGUUUAUCACAGUGAAAGCCAACUCUACGUUCUGCCUGGAUCGGUCCACUACGGGAAGGUGUGGCGCAAUGUCUGUAGUUGUCGUCUUGUCAACUGAUGAUGAAGUCUAUGGAAGAACAUUGGGAAUGUGUUUAACUGGAAGUACUGCAGUCGAAAUUGGGCGAUAACCAAUGAUUAAAGGCCAGAAUUAUGACUGGCCGAACUCACACUGUAUUCUGUUUGAACACUGAAAAGUAAAUAAUUUAUGUUAGACUUUAUUGUGUAGUUUUGGGUGGAAACAAAAACUCACCAUUUUUUUUCUUGUGUUGCUUCUCUGUGAUCUACUGUUGCAAACUGGACUUCUGCAGCGUCUUCAAAGUUAAUGAAAUACGCAAAAAAAUCUGUCCUUUGCAGACCUGAUUAGCAACCUGUCACAUUUUAAGCCAGGCUCUAUUUUUCAGCAGGGCCGAGAAUGAAAAGUGGUAUUUGCCAUGUGGCAAAAUGGAUUUUGUCAUGUGGCAUUUUUGGGUAUGUGGCAAAAUGGAUUUUGGCUUGUGGCAUUUUUUUGUUAUGUGGCAUUUUUGGGGGGUAUAUGGCAUUUUUGCAGGCCCAUUUGGAUGUGAAAAAUGGGAUGGGAUUUUCCAUUUGGAUCGAAAAUUUGGACGUGCAUAGCCUGAUGGCAUAGCCUGACUUGGUUGCCAGUUGAAUGUCAAUGCGUUGUAAUGUCAAGUGUAUGGUCAAAAAUCACAGCCACACAUGUUUUUCUGCCAUUUAAUAUGAAUGGAAAAUUUGGACGUGCAUUGCCGUCAAUGGCAUAGCCUGACUUGGGUGCCAGUUGAAUGUCAAUGCGCUGUAAAGGUAAGUGGAUGGUCAAAAAUCACAGCAACACAUUUUUUUGUGCCAUUUAAUAUGAAUGGAAAAUUUGGACGGCAUAGCCGUCAAUGGCAUGGACGUGCAUGGCCUGAAAAAAAUGCCAUAAACCCCCCAAAAUGGCACAUACCAAAAAAACAAUGCCACAUGGCAAAAUCCAUUUUGCCACAUUGCAAAAAAAAUGCCACAUGGCCAAAAUAAAUUUUGCCACAUGGCCAAAAUAAAUUUUGCCACAUGGCCAAAAUAAAUUUUGCCAAAUGGCCCAAAAAAAUGCCACAGGCAAAACAAAAAAUGCCACGUCAAAAAAAAAAUUCCCACAUGGCAAAAAAAACGCCACAUGACCAAAAAAACGAGGCAAAGAAAAAAUGCCACGUGGCAAAACAUUUUUUGCAACAUGUCAUAAAAAAAUUUGCCACAUGGCAAAAAAAAAAAAAAAAAAAAAUACAUGGCCAAAAAAAUGCCACAUGGCAUAAAACAAUUUUGCCACAAGGCAAUUAAAAAAGCCACAUGUCAACAUAAAUUUUGCGACAUGG